GGAGAGUCUGGAUGCUCGAGCUGUGCGGUCGCUUUUCACUCCGCUCCCCAGAAGUUCUUCGACCAAGUUUCGCCGGAAAAGUCUUGGAAUUACGCGGCCAAGGAUGGGUCUUUCGGUAGCCGGGCGGUGCUGUGUACUCUUGGGCCUUUUUACAGGCUUGACCGCUGCUCUUGAGAUUACCUCAACUGGACCGACCACUAUCGAGAAGGCCAGUGGCCAGAGUGCCACGCUAGGAUGCCUGUUCACCCUGAGUCUCGCAGAUACCGGACCUCUUGACAUUGAGUGGAGUCUGCUCUCCUCGGAUAACCAGAAGGAAGACAAAGUGGUGAUCUUAUACUCUGGGGACAGAUCUUAUGAGGACUACUAUCCCCCCAUGAAGGGUAGAGUUCAUUUUAACUCAGCCGACCCCAAGAAUGGCGACGCCUCCAUCAACCUGACUGGGCUCAGGGCGUCGGACUCCGGGACCUACCAGUGCAAAGUGAAGAAAGCGCCCGGCAUCAAGAGCAGAAAGAUUCUGCUGAUCGUCAUGGUAAAGCCAUCGAAGCCCAGUUGCUACGCUGAAGGUCCCACGCAGGAAGGCAAAGAUGUCAAACUGAGAUGUAAGUCAAGUGAAGGCACCAACCCUCUGCAAUACAGCUGGGAGAAGACCAGUGGCAACAAGCUUUUGCCCCCCUCAUCCUCCAUCGAUAAUGUCGGAGGAACACUCUACGUGAAGAACGCAUCUUCAAGUGUGUCCGGGACUUACCGCUGCACCGUCAAAAACCGUGUUGGCACUGAGGAGUGUGUGAUGCGACUUGACGUGACCCCUCCCCCGAACACGCCCGGCAUCAUCGCCGGAGCCAUCAUCGGUGUUCUACUGUUCCUCAUCAUUAUCGCCAUCAUCCUCUUCUGCUGCUGCCGCGCCCGCUACAGGAAGAAGUACGAGAAGGAAAUCUGCAACGAGAUCAGAGAGGACGUGCCUCCACCUAAGAGCCGGGUCUCCACGGCGCGCAGCAUCACAGUGGGUAGUCAGCGCUCCUCCCUGGGCUCCAUGUCGCCCUCCAACCUGCACGAGUACGCCCUCAAGCCCCAGUACGACAAGAUCCCGUCGUCGGAGGACUACGAGAGACCCCCGAGCCACGCCCCUCUGCCGCCCAACUCCUCCCUCAGGAUGGGCGCGCCCAACCUCAGCCGCAUGGGCGCCAUCCCCGUCAUGAUCCCGGCCCAGAACAGGGACGGCUCCAUCGUCUAACGCCGGCCCCUGUGACACGACGAGAGUGAGCGGACUCGCGUGACUCUGUGUACAAACAUGGCGGUCAGGCUCUGCUGUGGUGCUCAGAAGAGACCAUGUUCUACUGGAAUCACAACAGAGCACUUUUUUGUUUCUUUUUUUAAACAAAAACAAAACUACAAAAACAACUUUUUAAACACUCGGGGGCUUUCUCAGAAAUAUUCAUUGCUGUGGAUACAAAGAAUAUACAGAUUCUAUUGUACAUAAGUGAAUGCAUGUUGUUUGUUUGUUUUUGAAGGUGCCCCUCAUUUUAGAGUUGAAUUCAUGUCCGGUCCUCACUGAGCGGCUGCAUGUGUUUAUAGAGCCGCAGCUGUGCGUACGACUGGGACUUUUCUGAAUGAACUUCAAUGCUGAACGAUUGUGUAAAUCUGUGAUUUGUGUUUCACUCUGUAGCUCGAGUUUUUGCUUUACUGUAGAUCCCCAACUUUAUCAUCCGGCUGCUCCGCGGGACUGGAGACGGAAACAGUGGUUCAUUAGUUUGAGAUUUGAAUUAAUCUGGCCACAAUCCCCUAACUAUCCAUUUGAACAUCUCUAUUUAGGUCACCCGAGUUCUGUUCCUGUUUGAACUGUCCAGUGGGGAGGUCAGCAGGGAGGGCAGCGUCUUGUGAUUGGGUGGAUUACUGCUUCUUGACUGGGCUUAAAAAAUAAUAAACGCCCUCCCGCUCCUGGACUCCAGAGCAAAUGGAAGACGCAGGGGUGGGGGGCGGGGGGCAAGCGGUUCGCUGAGCAAUCGGCUUUGAUUGUGUUUGACCGCCACAGGCUCCCAAACCUUCUGACCAGCUGAACCUGUGGUGCCGUAAUCCUCCUUAUUUGCAGUUGCAUUACAAGCAGCCGAUAUCUUGAUUCACCUCUCGCUUCUGCCGCGUUAAUAGGGAUUUUCAAUGAAGGAUGUGAAGCCCGAUUACAUGAAGAAGAGCAGAGGUGGUGAAGCCUCUUCGAUCGGUCGACUGUGUAGAACGCUGGAAAUGUGUACUUUGUUAUUAUGUAGUUCAGUUCGGAAGUCAGGAUUCUUACUGGAAAACUCUAAACUCUGACGCCUUAAGGCCCAUUUAUGCUCCCGUUACGUACGAAACUGUGCCCGUCCGAAUCACUGCCCCCCCCCUAUGUAUUCAGGUGGUACUGCUCCGUUUGGUCCAAACCUGUGAGCUUUGUGUAAACGUGCAGAAAUACGGAGGAAACGAAGCCCGUCCGUAUCCGGAUCCGUACGUAACGCUGAGCAUAAAUGGGCCGUUGUUCUGUCCCUUCUUUUUCGCCUUAUGCACCUCGACUAGCUUCACCUCUGCACAGCCCCCACAGCUGGCUGCUCUCGUGCCUUUACCCAACGUAACGCGUGUCCACAUGCUCCCGGACUCAGAACUGGCGCACUAAAGUGUGUGGCCGGUUGAACUCGCGCAUGACUUUUCAGUGUCGCUCAUAUUUUUGGUUGCUUUAAUGAAGGGAAAUAGUCUUUUUGUCAUUGAUUCUCUACACAUCAUUGUGACAUCAAAAGUGGCAGGUGUUUUGAAAGUCUUAUGAAUCCCUUUCAGAUCAUUUUUUAAAAUUCUUUGAAGUCCUUUUUUUUUUAUUGAUAAAAACUGUAUGUUUAACUCUGUCUGUCCAAGUGGCCGCACCAGUCGACACUCUGAUGUAUUUGUGACGCUGCGUGGAUGAAUUUAGAACAGCGGAUGGGGGCGCCGGAGGCUGGCGUAAGUGCUCCCCGGUACAAUUGGGAAUGUGUGUUUGAAGAAUGAGAUUAGAGUGAAGGUGACAGUGAUGGUGUGUGUCUUCUGGUUUCUGGCGAAGUCGUCAUCUAAACGCGAAGGAAAGCGUGGCCAGACAAAAAUAAAGUACAGCUGUCAGUUCCUCUUACGUGGGCGUCCGCCUGAGUGUGAGUUUUGUGUCAACAAAACUGGUGAGGAGUUAGCGCCCCCCUGUUGUAGCUCACAACUAACAAUAUUAAUCGUAGCUUUGGAAUCUGUACUAAGAAAAGUCUCCUUUGAGGUUUCGACACUGUGUGAGAAGCAUUAAUCUUUUUUUGUGUGUGUAUUUUUGUGCCGUAUUUUUGAAUAAUAAAAGUGCAGAAAAUGAA